UCCGAAAGUGCUGAAUCGUCAGCAUUUUUGUUGAUUUGAAGCCUGCAUUUGGAGAAUCAUCAGUUCAUGUACAGCAAGUCCCACCUCCAGAGAUAGACAGAUCCUUCCUCUGAGCUAUGCUACCACUUCGACUUUACUCACACUGUACUUUCAGAUUUCAGCCUUCCGCAUUAUUUUGAAACUUUCCUAAAGUUGUGAGACCCUUUUUUUUUGCAAAACAAGCAAGAGAAAAGAAAAUGGCAUCUCUCAAGUACAUGUCAGGAUUUGGUAACGAAUUUGCUUCUGAAGAUCCACGCUGUCCAGGCUCUUUACCAAAGGGUCAGAACAAUCCGCAGGUUUGUCCAUAUGGACUGUAUGCAGAGCAGCUCUCAGGGUCUGCUUUCACCUGUCCAAGAUCAAGCAAUAAGAGGAGUUGGCUUUAUCGCAUUUUGCCUUCAGUUUGUCACAAGCCCUUGAUUUCUAUACCCCAAGGAAAUCUCUCCCAUAACUGGGAUGAAGUCAGUCCAGAUCCCAACCAGAUGAGAUGGCUACCAUUUAAAUUUUCUGAAAGUUCAGAGAAGAAGGUUGACUUUGUGGAAGGUUUAAAUACACUGUGUGGUGCUGGAGAUGGCAGAACCCGAAAUGGCGUCGCCAUUCACAUUUACAUCUGUAACACUUCAAUGAAGAAUAAGAGUUUUUAUAACUCGGAUGGAGAUUUCCUUCUAGUGCCUCAGAAAGGGAAUCUGUUGGUUACUACAGAAUUUGGCAAGUUACUGGUUGAACCCAAUGAGAUUUGUAUUAUUCAGCAAGGGAUGCAUUUCAGUGUGGAGGUUUUUGGGGAGACCAGAGGUUACAUCCUGGAGGUCUUUGGAGCCCAUUUUGAGUUGCCGGACCUCGGACCCAUUGGGGCGAAUGGCCUAGCAAAUCCAAGAGAUUUUAUGGUUCCUGUUGCAUGCUAUGAGGACCAGCAGUUUGCAGCUUGCUUCUCUGUCAUUAGCAAAUACCAGGGCAAGCUCUUUUCAGCUGAACAGGAUUUUUCUCCAUUCAAUGUUGUGGCCUGGCAUGGGAACUACACACCCUACAAGUACAACCUGGAUAAUUUCAUGGUUAUUAAUGGUGUUGCGUUUGAUCACGCGGAUCCUUCAAUUUUCACAGUGCUGACUGCUAAGUCAACUAGCCCUGGUGUGGCUAUUGCUGAUUUUGUCAUCUUUCCACCACGCUGGGGAGUGGCUGACCAUACCUUCAGACCACCUUACUACCACAGGAACUGUAUGAGUGAAUUUAUGGGGCUGAUCAAAGGUCAUUAUGAGGCAAAAGAGGAGAACUUUUUGCCUGGUGGAGGCAGUCUGCACAGUAUAAUGACUCCGCAUGGGCCAGAUGCUGACUGUUUUAAGAAGGCAAGCGAAGCAGAGCUCAAACCGGAACGAAUAGCAGAAGGAAUGAUGGCAUUUAUGUUUGAGUCCUCAUUCAGCAUGGCCGUUACCAAAUGGGGCUUGGAGACCUGCAACUGUUUGGACAAGAGCUACACAAAGUGUUGGCAACCCCUGAAAAGUUGCUUCAAUCCUAAAUGGAAGCCAAUUGACAAGCAAACCUGAGCAGGCCAUUAACACUGGAGAGAUCACCAAAGCAACAUUUCAUAACCAGACAUGGAAUCCGAUCUCAAUUUUAAAAUGCAACAUUUUAAUUUCCGCUGAUGAAAAAUAUAAUUGGCAAUUUAAAAAAUUCCAGCAUGCAAUGUUUCAUUGAGCUGAAUCAUUACAUUGUAUAUUGUUAUUGUUCAGUCAGGAUACACACUGGAAUGAAUCUUGGAAGCUUUCUGAAAGUAAGUUAAAUUGUUGCCAAUGUGUUGUCAAAUCAUCAAUAAAGUGGAAGUAAUUCUAAAUUGGUC